AAUUAUCUACAUAUUUAUGUAGGUAAUUCAUCUAUGUACAAUCUAAACUACAAUCCAAAAAUUACUACUGCUUAGCCCAUCUAUUGAAUAGGUUGUGCUAGAGAAAUUUCUCGUCAUUUUGACUGUAAUUUUGAUUCUGAAUACACGCGUCAUAAGUAAUCCACUUAGAAGUAAAAUUACAAUCACAAUCACAAUAAUCACUCUUGCGAAAGCUUUCUAAUGCCCCAUUUCGGAAAGAUACAUAUAUAUCUCUAGAAACACAGAUUUUUAAACCACCUACCCACAACUUCCUUAUUUUGGUGACGCUAAGCUUAACACGACAUAUGUAGACCGAGCAAAAGCUACCUACCUAUUUAUCUAGCUGAUACUGUAACACAUGAGUGUGCCUUCAUUUAUUUCACACUUAGGCAAGAAAUACAAUAAACGCUUAGAAAUCAGUAUGGAAAACCUGUUCUUGGACGAACGACAUAUUUUGGGCAAAGGAGCUUUUGGCAUAGUGUAUAAAGGGAUUCUAACAAAGCCAGACGGUCCUACCGUCGUAGCCAUAAAAACCGUAGUCAACACGGUGGACGUGUCUUAUUUUAAAGUUCUCCUGUCCGAAUUGAGGGUAAUGACAAAUCUCGGAGUUCAUCCAAACAUCGUAAACUUGGUGGGAGCGGUUACAUCGAAUAUUGAAAACAGAAAACUUUGGAUGGUCAUGGAAUUUUGUGAGCUAGGAAAUGUUUCAUCGUAUUUGCAAAAUUGUCGCGAAAAGAUGAAAUCCGACCAGCUAGCUGAGCAAUUGAACGUUGUGGGAAACAAUUUUAAGUCAGAAUACGUCACUUUUUCUAAUGGAGACGAGAAAGUUACUUCCGUUUUAUAUUCAGAUCUGUUAAAAUGGUCAAUACAAACUGCCAGUGGGAUGGAAUUCUUAGGAGAGAAAAGAAUAAUUCAUGGUGACUUGUCUGCACGAAAUCUACUACUAACUGGAACGAAAGACAUCAAGGUUUCCGAUUUUGGACUGUCACGCCAACUGGUUUACAAUAGCAGUUUAUACGUCAAGAAGAGUGAUGGUCCAAUUCCUUGGAAAUGGAUGGCACCAGAAGCUCUUUCGGAUAUGAACUUUUCCACUUCGUCGGACGUCUACGCGUUUGGAAUUACACUUUGGGAGCUGUUUUCCUACGGAGAAAUCCCAUUUUCUGAGUGGAACUAUGGCAAAGAGUUUUUGGAUCGGUUGAAAUGUGGCGAUUUGUUUCCAGAAGAGCCAACAAUUGGCGGGAAAGAUGUGUAUCAAGUAAUGAUGCAGUGCUGGAAGUUGGAUAGAAGACUGAGGCUAUCAUUUACCGAAUUAAAGUCGAUUUUUCUGAAAAUGUAUAACGACGAGAUACGAAUCUGAUUUCUGUCGGAAAGGGGGAAAAGUUCCUACUGGAGAAAUGUUGUUUUAUUGUUGCUAAAUACCUAAGGCACUAAUUUAUUAAUGAUUUAAAGCCUACGUAAAUAUUUAUUUAACAUAUACAUCAUGUUAAUAAAAACUUAAAUUUUAGCGAUGCAUAA